GGUGGGGGGGGGGKAGAGAGAGAAAAGAAAAAAAGCGAACGAAUAGUUUAAGAAAGAAGAGUAGUGGGUGGAGGAUAAAAGAAAAGAAAAGAAUAAAAAAUAAUACGAGAAGGAAAAAGAAAGAGGAGAAGUGGAAAAUAUCGUGGAGGCUACCGCCGUCAAUGUGCUUUUACUUAGUUCGAAAAUGUAACACGUGAUCGUGGUGUAGAACACCUCUCGUUUUAGAUUCGACAUUGAAUUUUCGCCGGCGUUAGUAGUCGUUCCUGUUUCUUCCUCCAACGUGGACGUAAAACGUCCAAAGGAAAAAUCAGCUGAAAUGAGGCACCAGCACACCUCGCGAGAGAUCCACAGUAGAUAAUUCGUAUUAAAAGAGACUAAGAGAACGAUAAAAGGGGUGAAGGAGAAAAGAAGGGGGUGGAGGAGGAGGAGGUGGAGGAGGAGAUAGAAACACCGCGGUGAAGAAGCAGGAGGAAAGGGAAAAAUGGCGGUGGAUAUUUUAGACGAGGAUCAUUUGGCCGUGAGCGCAAUCGUUACGGUCGGAAUGCAACUGAUAUUCUUCACUAUAGCUGCUACAUUUCAGCUGGACAAAUUGACGGACUUUGCCGGUGGCACAAAUUUCAUUAUACUCGCCCUUCUAACUUUUUUUCUUGGUCAAGUGGGCAAGACUUACGACAGCCGGCAACUUAUGGUGACCGUAUUUGUCUGUCUAUGGGGUGUACGAUUAUCGGGAUAUCUUCUCUACCGAAUCGUUAAGAUUGGACGUGAUAAAAGAUUCGCAGAUCGUAGGAGUAAUGUUAUUCGUUUCGCAGUAUUUUGGACCUUUCAGGCUGUAUGGGUUUACGUAGUAAGUUUACCGGUGAUAAUCAUAAACUCACCACGUCACAAAAUCCCACCGGCGCCAAAAACGAUGACCAAUUUUGAUAGUGCUGGUACUGGUUUAUUCAUAAUUGGGCUCGCUGCGGAAACCUAUGCUGAUUUACAAAAGUUUGCUUUCAAACAGGAUCCCGUAAAUAAUGGGAAAUGGUGUAACGAUGGAUUAUGGAGAUUAUCUAGGCAUCCUAAUUAUUUCGGAGAAAUCGUAGUAUGGUGGGGUAUCUUUGUAAUUUCCUUGAACGUGAUUGAAGGAGCCGAAUGGGUCGUUAUCGCUUCACCGAUCUUUACAACGAUCAUCAUCCUCUUCUUAUCGGGUAUGCCUUUGCUUGAAAAGGCCUCGGAUGAGAGAUAUCGAGAUAACGCAGAUUAUCGUUAUUACAAACAAUCAACGUCACCGUUGAUACCAAUUCCUCCAUCGAUCUAUGUCGAAGUACCACGUUUCCUGAAAUUUGUUUUAUGCUGCGAAUAUCCAUUGUACAAUUCGUUAGAUGCCAAACCACGUUCUGCUGUGACCGAAUCAACAUCCAUCAGUUUGGCAGCAUCAACGUAGCUGUAGCUACACGCCGGACGUCCAAAUUCUGAAUCCGGCGUGCAAUCAACUACUACUGCAACAGCCAGUACAGCCUUCUAAAUAAUAAUAAUAAUAAUAAUCUUCCCUUACUAGUAGACCAACGUUUUUUAUCGAUUAUAUUAUGACAGAGAAGAGGAUAACGUAUAACAAUAACUUAAUAUUGUUUCUUUGAACCCACAAUCGAUAUUUCGAGAAUUUAAUCUCGUUGUUGUUGGUCAUCUUUUCACGACUUGUUAUCUUGAAUGAAGAAAAAAAAAAAGGAAAAAAAAAGAAUGCACUCGAUGAUGGAAGGAAGGAAGGAUAAAAAAAAGGUCAUCUAUAUAUUGUUAUUAUGUCUUUAGUUACCUCAGGAAUAUAUAUAUGUAUGCAUGUUAUGUAUGAAUGAAUCAAAAUGAGCAUGUGAGUGGUGUGUAUCUCUAUUUAAGUUGACAAAGAUUUCUUCAUUUUAGUCUUAACAAAAAUGUCUCACGUUCUAAUGAUAAAUUUCUUUAUAUAUUCUCUCUCUCUCUCUCUCUCAAAAGUGAGGUGUUCUUUUUUAAUUUGAUCUUUUGAGUAUAAAGAAAAAGAGAGAGAGAGAGAA